AUGGAUAAUGAUAGUUAUGUGAGUAAAGAUAUUAAUAUGUCAUUGGAAGAUGAAGGAAACAUAACUGGUCAAGAAAAAAUAGAAGUGAUUCAUUCUAAAAUUUUGGAUGAAAUGAUACCAAAAGUUGGAAUGGAAUUUAAAAGUGAAGAUGAAGCUUAUAACUUUUAUAAUGCUUAUGCUUACAAGGUUGGUUUUGGCAUUCGAAGGAGUAAGGGACAUAACGAUCAAAGUGGAAAGAUGAAAAAUAGAACUUUUUGUUGUUGUUGUGAAGGCUUUCGGGAAAAGGAUAAACGAAAUAUUAAUGAUAAAUCUCAUCGUGCUGAAACAAGAUUUGGUUGUUUAGCUAGAAUGAAAAUAAAUUUGGAUCAGACUGGUAAAUAUCGUAUUACCGAUUUCAUUGCCCAACAUACACAUGUGACAUCAACUCCUAGUAAAAGUCAUUUGCAUAGGUCUCAGAGGAAGUUAACUUUUGUCCAAGCAGCUGAAAUAGAUAUAGCUGAUAGUUCAGGAAUUGCUCCUAAAGCAAGUUUGGCGUUAAUGGCUAAGCGAGUAGGAGGAUAUUAA